GCUCGUCUGAGCGGACUGGUCGCCCCGGCAGGUACCGUUUACUAGGCGGGGAAACGCGGCUAGACGUCACGCCGGACCCCCCAAAAAACACGCGUUUCGGAACCUCGUUGACAUUUAACGCCGUACAUGUUCUUGUGUUUCGCUCGCGCGUAGCCGUUAACCGAGGCGCCUAGUUUUGUUGUUAGCGUUAGCCUCCUUAGCAUCAUGUCCAGAAUAGACUACAGCGUGUGGGACCACAUCGAGGUGUCGGACGAUGAGGACGACACGCACCCCAACAUCGACACACCCAGCCUGUUCAGGUGGAGACACCAGGCACGUGUGGAGCGAAUGGAAGAUUUUCAAAGAAAGGGAGAUGAUUUAGAGAAGACGCUCGCAGACUGCAAGCGUAAGUUGACUGAAGUUCAGAAGAAGACGCGCGACUUGGCCAUCUCGCCGACAGAUGAUGCCAAAGCAGAGCUGAGCAAGACUCAGGCUGAGGAGAAGAAGUUGAAAAAAGAAGAACGGGACUGGGAGAAGAAACUAGAUGAGCACCGGCGAGAAGAGAAGAAGAUGCCAUGGAACGUGGACACGCUGAGCAAGGACGGUUUCAGCAAGAGCAUUGUGAACGUCAAAGCAGAUUCCAACGAAGAAACGGAGGAGGAGAAAGAGCAGAAGCACAAAACCUUUGUGGAGAAGUAUGAAAAGCAGAUCAAACACUUUGGCAUGCUGCGACGUUGGGACGACAGCCAGAAGUACCUUUCUGACAACUCCCAUCUAGUUUGUGAGGAGACUGCCAACUACCUGGUCAUCAUGUGCAUUGAUCUUGAAGUUGAGGAGAAACAUGCUUUGAUGGAGCAGGUGGCUCAUCAGACCAUAGUCAUGCAGUUCAUUCUGGAGCUGGCUAAAAGCCUCAAAGUGGACCCCCGCGGUUGCUUCCGUCAAUUCUUUGCCAAAAUUAAGACUGCAGACCAGCAGUACCAGGAUGCUUUCAACGAUGAGUUGGAGGCGUUCAAGGAGCGGGUGCUCGGCCGGGCUAAGAUCCGCAUAGAAAAAGCCAUGAAGGAGUACGAGGAAGAGGAGCGUCAGAAGCGGCUGGGACCUGGAGGCCUAGAUCCUGUGGAAGUAUACGAGUCCCUGCCAGAGGAGAUGCAGAAAUGCUUCGAUACAAAGAAUAUCCAGAUGCUCCAAGAUGUUAUCAGCAAAAUGGACCCAACGGAGGCAAAGGCUCACAUGAAGAAAUGUAUAGACUCGGGGCUCUGGGUCCCAAAUUCCAGGACAGAUGAUGGGGACGAGAAGGGUGAGGAUCUCACCUACGAGGAGGUGAAGCCAGAGACAGAAGAAAAUAAGGAUGACAAGCAUUGAUUUUAUAAUCUUGUUUUUCGCAAAUGUCCUCACUCCCCUCCCCGCGUUUGCGACUAGUUUAUUGCCAUACUAUUAGAACCAUGUAACCUCUCGAAGAUACAAAGAUAAUUAGCUAUGAGUUUAUGUAUUUGUCAUAGCAUUUACCCAAUUGCACAAUAAUGUAUGAGAGUCGCCUGCUUGGGAAUCCCUUGGCCUUCCGUGUUUCUUCAACCUUCAGUCUGGACAUCAAUAAAGCAGUAUUCAUAUGUUG